AUGGAGGGAGUGGUGGGGUACCUCGGAAGGGCAAUCGUCUGGGAUGGGCCAGCAAAAUUGGAGGGCUGCACCGGUAAAGUGAAGGAGCGGAGCGCGCAAAGAAGCAAUUUUUAUCUCUGCUUAAAAAAGGCAACAAGAGAGCUUUUUUCCUGCCACCUUCCUCGAUUCCAUCCCAUCAUUCGCCGCACAGAUCACUCCCAGCAUCCCCCCGCCAGCCUCGACAUGUCCGCCGCCGUCGGCUCGCCGUACCGGGCCGCCCCCGCCGCGCAGCACCGCCGGAAGGGGCGCGCCGGCGCCGUCACGCUCCGGUGCUCCAAGGUGGCUGCGGCCGCGGCCGCGCCCAUCCUGGACGACCUGAGGCUGCAGUGCGCGACGCCGCUCCCCCUGCUGCGGCACGUGGCGGGCGCCAUGGCCGCCGGCAUGCGCGCCGGGCUCGCCGUGGACGGCGCCGGCGAGCUCAAGAUGAUCCCCAGCUAUGUCUACUCGCUCCCCACCGGGAGUGAAACAGGGCUGUUCUAUGCUCUGGAUCUGGGAGGCACCAACUUCAGAGUGCUGAGGGUGCAGCUGGGGGGAAAAGAUGGGCGCGUCGUCGACACCGAGUCCGAGCAAGUGUCGAUCCCAAAGGAAAUCAUGCAUGGUACAACCGAGGAGCUGUUCGAUUUUAUUGCGGCCCGCCUAUCGAAUUUUGUAGCGAAGGAGGGUGGUAAUUUUCAUCUUCAGGAGGGCCGGAAAAGGGAGAUAGGCUUUACGUUCUCCUUCCCGGUGAAGCAGACUUCCAUUGACUCUGGCAUUCUGAUCAAGUGGACCAAGGGUUUUGCUGUCUCUGGGACUGCCGGGAAGGAUGUGGUUGCCUGUCUGAAUGCCGCCAUGGAAAGACAGGGGCUUGACAUGAGUGUAUCUGCUCUGGUAAAUGAUACCGUUGGAGCGUUAGCUGGAGCGCACUAUUGGGACGAGGAUGUGAUGGUUGCGGUUAUUUUGGGAACUGGCACAAAUGCUUGCUACAUUGAGCGAACAGAGUCCAUCCCAAAGCUCCAACACCUCGGGCUUGGAACAGGAAACACGAUUAUCAACACUGAGUGGGGAGCCUUUUCAGAUGGUCUUCCACUAACUGAAUUUGACAGGGACAUGGAUGCUGAGAGCAUAAAUCCUGGUGAACAGAUAUUUGAGAAGACGAUUUCCGGGAUGUACCUUGGAGAAAUUGUUCGGAGGGUGCUGGCCAGCAUGGCUCAAGAGUCUGAUCUGUUCGGUCACUCGUUCGCUGACAAACUAACUGAGCCAUUUGUUCUAAGAACACCGCAUUUGUGUGCUAUGCAACAAGAUAACUCCGAUGAUCUUGGAGAAGUUGAAUCAAUUUUGCGCGAUAUCAUCGGGGUCAACCAAUCUUCUGUAGCGGCACGAAGGGUUAUCGUAGAAGUUUCCGAUUGCAUCGUCAAGAGAGGUGGGCGGUUGGCUGGUGCCGGCAUUGCUGGCAUUCUUCAGAAGAUGGAGAAUGAUUCCAAGGGUCUGAUCUUGGGGAGAAGAACAGUGGUAGCGAUGGACGGCGGACUUUACGAGAAUUACCCUCAGUACAGGUUGUACAUGGUUGAGGCUAUGGCGGAGCUGCUUGGUCCACAGGACAUGGAGCACAUUGUCGUCGAGCACACCAAGGACGGCUCGGGCAUCGGCGCGGCACUUUUAGCAGCCGCAAACUCAAAAUAUGCAGCAGCUCAGCACUCGGCGUGACGUUCGUUAGGAACUUGCAAAGCGAAGAGUUUGCUCUAGCCUGAUAGUAACCUUGGGUGAGCUCUGGAAAUGUAUUCUCAUGCUCAGGAACAUAUAUUGCUUCGACACAACUGAGAGGUAGAUAAAAAUGAUCUUCAUUGACUUUCAACAUUGCUCCUCAGUCAUCCCGCAAAAAAAAAAACAUUGCUCCUCAGUCUCUCUCAGAUGGCUGAGAUUACUUGUUAGUAUUGGACUAUAGAAUCUGGUAUGUUUCAGGAAUGUAAAAUAAGUUCAGUUA